AUGAAAGUACUUGUGUUCAUUCUAUUUCUCACUUUAUGUAUUGUACCUAUCAUUCGAUCAGCUUUCAUGCAAAUAGACAGACCAAUAACAAAUACUUCUCGAUUUGGUCCAAUUGAUAUCGAUGGCAUGGAUGAAACUAUCUGGGGUACACCUGAACGUCAUAUACCAUUAAAACACAACUGUGUUAGCGUCAUUGGAUAUUACUUCAUGACGCUACCUUCUAUAUAG